AUGGCGCAACGCCCGGUGGUGCGGGUGGACGUCUGGUCGGACAUCUCCUGCCCCUGGUGCUGGGUGGGCAAGAAGCGCAUGGACCAGGCGCUAGCGCAGCUGGAACAGGUCGACUUCGAGGUGGUGUACCAUGCGUACGUGAUUGACCACAAGACCGACCCAGGGGGGGAGCAGUACCUGGCGUACAACCGCAGGCGCUGGGGCGGCGACGGCUGGACUGGCGACCUGCGGCGGAGCGGGUCGCCCGACGGCGCCACCUUUGCAGACUGGGUGUGGUGGCCUUCCUCGCUCAAAGGCCACCAGCUGCUGCUGCUGGCGCAGGAGCAGGGCAAGGGGCGGGAGGCCAAGGACCUGCUGCUGCGCUACACGUAUGAGCAGGGCGAGAACGUGAGCGACAUAGGCACGCUGGUGCGGGCGGGGCGGGAGCUGGGGCUGGAUGAGGGCGAGGUGCGGCGGCACCUGGCGGAGGACCGCGGGCGGGCGGCGGUGCUGCGAGACGACGAGACCGGGAAGCGCGAGCUGGGCAUCUCGGGUGUGCCCUACUUCAUCGUUGGGCCCGGCGGCGGCGGCGGCGGCGAGCCGGGGCGGCGGUACGCGCUGUCGGGGGCCCAGCCCGCCGCCGCCUUUGUCAAGGCGGUGGGCAAGGUGCUGGCGGAGCAGGCCGGCUGA